UUCUCCCGCAGGCAGCUCUCCGCCUGCGCAUCUCCCUCAGCCAGUGAUCCCAGUGGGUAGCACCCAGUGGGGAGUGUGCAGCCACCAUGUUCAGCUGGUUGAAGCGCGGCGGGGCGCGGGGCCAGCAGCCCGAGGCCAUCUGCACGGUGACCUCGGCCCUCAAGGAGCUGUACCGCAGCAAGCUGCUGCCCCUGGAGGAGCACUACCGCUUCGGCGACUUCCACUCGCCGGCCCUGGAGGAUGCCGACUUCGACAGCAAGCCCAUGGUGCUGGUGGCCGGCCAGUACAGCACGGGCAAGACCAGCUUCAUCCAGUACCUGCUGGAGCAGGAGGUGCCCGGCUCCCGCGUGGGGCCCGAGCCCACCACCGACUGCUUCGUGGCCGUCAUGCACGGCGAGACCGAGGGCACCGUGCCGGGCAACGCCCUCAUCGUCGACCCGGAGAAGCCCUUCCGCAAACUCAACCCCUUCGGAAACACCUUCCUCAACAGGUUCAUGUGCGCCCACCUCCCCAACCAGGUCCUGGAGAGCAUCAGUAUCAUCGACACCCCAGGCAUCCUGUCGGGUGCCAAACAGAGAGUGAGCCGUGGCUACGACUUCCCGGCGGUGCUGCGCUGGUUCGCCGAGCGCGUGGACCUCAUCAUCCUGCUGUUCGACGCGCACAAGCUGGAGAUCUCCGACGAGUUCUCCGAGGCCAUCGGCGCCCUGCGCGGCCACGAGGACAAGAUCCGCGUGGUGCUCAACAAGGCCGACAUGGUGGAGACGCAGCAGCUGAUGCGCGUGUACGGGGCGCUCAUGUGGGCGCUGGGCAAGGUGGUGGGCACGCCCGAGGUGCUGCGCGUCUACAUCGGCUCCUUCUGGUCCCAGCCGCUCCUCGUGCCCGACAACCGGCGCCUCUUCGAGCUGGAGGAGCAGGACCUGUUCCGGGACAUCCAGGGCCUGCCGCGCCACGCCCUGGAGACACAGCAGCGAGCAAUGGUGGGUACCGGGCGGAUAUUCACACACGUUUGCGCCGCUGGGUCAAGAGCCGCUGCCCGGGUUGCUCAAGCGUCCUGGUGCCACCAGGGGCCGGGGGCCUGGAGAUGGUGCCCCCUGACUUCUGGCGCCCUCUCCCCGCCCCCACAGGAGCUGCUGAUGGCUCACGACUUCACCAAGUUCCACUCCCUGAAGCCGAAGCUGCUGGAGACUCUGGACGAGCUGCUGACCCACGACAUCGCCAAGCUCAUGCCUCUGCUGCGGCAGGAGGAGCUGGAGAGCACCGAGGUGGGCGUGCAGGGCGGCGCCUUCGAGGGCACCCACAUGGGCCCGUUCGUGGAGCGGGGGCCCGACGAGGCCCUGGAGAACGGCGAGGAGGGCUCGGACGACGACGAGGCUGAGUGGGUGGUGACCAAGGACAAGUCCAAAUACGACGAGAUCUUCUACAACCUGGCGCCGGCCGACGGCAAGCUGAGCGGCACCAAGGCCAAGACCUGGAUGGUGGGCACCAAGCUCCCCAACUCAGUGCUGGGCCGCAUCUGGAAGCUGAGCGACGUCGACCGGGACGGCAUGCUGGACGACGAGGAGUUCGCCCUGGCCAGCCACCUCAUCGAGGCCAAGCUCGAGGGCCACGGGCUGCCCACCAACCUGCCCCGGCGCCUCGUGCCGCCCUCCAAGCGGCGCCACAAGGGCUCCGCCGAGUGAGCCCGCGCGGCCGGCGGGGCCUCCCUCCCCCCUGCCCUGCUGUGGCUCCCAGCUUCCGUCAGCUGCACACACAUCCCUACCCUGGCCACCUGCACUGCCUGCCACCUGCCCAGCUGCAAGGAUGGGGGCCUCUCUACCCCCCACCGCCAGACAGAGGGGACCAGGGGGGGGCAGACUUCUCCGCUCGCCCUUCCCACCUCCACCCGCACGUCCAUUUAGGCACACCACACCCACACUAACACACAGAGGCGUCCAGCCGGGCGUCCCUCGUUCAAGUAUUUAUUGAGCACCUACUGCGCUCUGUGUCCGGGGCUCGUUCUGGGCACCGGGGAUUCCAGCAGAGAGCGGAAGAGACACGGAUGCGUGCCCUCCUGGAGCUGACCCUCCCGGAGAGCACCUACCUGUCACUCACACACACACAGACACACACCGGCCCGAACCAGUCCCGUCCUGCAUUCUGGCCCGGACCCCUCGCCUCUCCCCAUAGAAGAGCAGCCACUUGGUUGAAAUGACUAAUAGACAGGCCCCU